GUAUAUAAUCAAAGGAACCAUAAAAGCACCACACAUCAUACACAAAAAAUACCAAAUACUAGGUUAUUAUGCGAGUGCGAAUUAUAUGCACCUGCCAACUAUGAUAAUGACCCACAAAUGAAAUCAGUGAUGGAUAAUUUUAAUCGUCAAACACAACAGAGAUUUCAUGAAUAUGAUGACCGUAUGGUUGAAAAACGAAAGCUAUGUAAAGAUAAAUGUGAUAAAGAAAUUGAAAAAAUUAUAUUAAAAGAUAAAUUAGAAAAAGAAUUAAUGGACAAAUUUGCCACGUUACACACGGAUAUACAAAAUGACGCCAUUCCAACAUGUAUUUGCGAAAAAUCAGUGGCGGACAAAGUGGAAAAAGGAUGUUUGCGAUGUGCACAAAAUUUGGGAGGGAUUGUUGUACCCUCUUCAGGAGUAUUAGCAGGAAUUGGGGAAGCUGCUAUAAGUGUGUUGAAACCUGCGGCACUUAAGGCCGCUGCAAGAUAUGCCAUGAAGGAGGGUGUUGCUAAGGGUUUGGCUGAAGGUAAUGCCCUUGGUAUGGAAGUAGUUAUUAAAUUUUUAGAAGGAUUGAAGGCAGAUGUAUUAAUUCCUGGAAUAUUUGAAUCCUUCAAAACUACAGGACAUUAUGCUGAAGUCACUAAUCUUGCUAGUACAAUUCAUGCGAAAUAUAGUACCUGUACGUGGUUGGAAAAUAGCGUUUGUCCAACGGAAGCAACUGUACGAAAGGUGUUAAAUGCAGCUCUUAAAAAAGCUACAGAUACGGCUAAUGCCAAAGCUGCGCAGGUGAGAUCUGCAACUACUGCUGCAAUCAAAACUGAAAAGACUAAUUUGAUAAAUACUAUAUAUGGUACUUGGGAUACUACUAUUAUUGCUUCUGUUGUUGCAAUUGUAGUUAUUGUUUUAGUUAUGAUAAUUAUUUAUUUGAUUUUACGUUAUAGAAGAAAAAAAAAAAUGAAGAAAAAACUGCAAUAUAUAAAAUUAUUAGAAGAAUAA